GGCCGUUUGCCCGUCCCAGGUGGGAGGGCGGGGCCUCGGCUGGGCCGGGCCUGGGGCCUGUGUGAACUGACUGCUGGCCUGGAGGCUCAGAGGCAGGAUCCCCUGUCUUAGCUUCUCCUGCCGAGCGAAUGGGCCAGGAGCUGCCAAUCUCAGGGACCAUGGGCUGUAGCUGCAGCUCAAACCCUGAAGAUGACUGGAUGGAGAACAUCGACGUGUGUGGGAACUGCCAUUACCCCAUAGUCCCACUGGACGGCAAGGCCACGCUUCCCAUGCGCAAUGGCUCUGAGGUGCGGGACCCGCUGGUCACAUACGAGGGCUCCAACCCGCCGGCCUCCCCGCUGCAAGACAACCUGGUUAUUGCCCUGCACAGCUACGAGCCCUCUCACGACGGGGACCUGGGCUUCGUAAAGGGCGAACAGCUCCGCGUCCUGGAGCAGAGCGGCGAGUGGUGGAAGGCGCAGUCCCUGACCACCGGCCAGGAAGGCUUCAUCCCUUUCAACUUCGUGGCCAAAGCGAACAGCCUAGAGCCCGAACCCUGGUUCUUCAAGAACCUGAGCCGCAAGGACGCGGAGCGGCAGCUCCUGGCGCCCGGGAACACGCACGGCUCCUUCCUGAUCCGGGAGAGUGAGAGCACAGCCGGAUCAUUUUCACUGUCCGUCCGGGACUUCGACCAGAACCAGGGGGAGGUGGUGAAGCAUUACAAGAUCCGUAAUCUGGACGACGGAGGCUUCUACAUCUCCCCCCGCAUCACUUUUCCCGGCCUACAUGAACUGGUCCGCCAUUAUACCAACGCUUCGGACGGGCUGUGCACGCGCCUGAGCCGCCCCUGCCAGACCCAGAAGCCCCAGAAGCCGUGGUGGGAGGAUGAGUGGGAGGUUCCCAGGGAGACACUGAAGCUGGUGGAGCGGCUGGGGAGCGGCCAGUUCGGGGAGGUGUGGAUGGGGUACUACAACGGGCACACGAAGGUGGCAGUGAAGAGCCUGAAGCAGGGCAGCAUGUCCCCCGACGCCUUCCUAGCCGAGGCCAACCUCAUGAAGCAGCUGCAGCACCAGCGGCUGGUCCGGCUGUACGCCGUGGUCACCCAGGAGCCGAUCUACAUUAUCACUGAGUACAUGGAGAACGGGAGCCUGGUGGAUUUUCUCAAGACCCCCCCAGGCAUCAAGCUGACCAUCAACAAGCUCUUGGACAUGGCGGCCCAGAUCGCAGAGGGCAUGGCAUUCAUUGAAGAGCGGAAUUACAUCCACCGGGACCUGCGGGCUGCCAACAUCCUGGUGUCGGACACCCUGAGCUGCAAGAUUGCAGACUUCGGCCUGGCUCGUCUCAUCGAGGACAACGAGUACACAGCCAGGGAGGGGGCCAAGUUCCCCAUUAAGUGGACAGCACCAGAAGCCAUCAACUAUGGGACGUUCACCAUCAAGUCAGACGUGUGGUCUUUUGGGAUCCUGCUGACAGAGAUCGUCACCCACGGCCGCAUCCCUUACCCAGGGAUGACCAACCCCGAGGUGAUCCAGAACCUGGAACGAGGCUACCGCAUGGUGCGCCCCGACAACUGUCCCGAGGAGCUGUACCAUCUCAUGAUGCUGUGCUGGAAGGAGCGCCCCGAGGACCGGCCCACCUUUGACUACCUGCGCAGCGUGCUGGAGGACUUCUUCACAGCCACGGAGGGCCAGUACCAGCCCCAGCCGUGAGGCCAGCUCCGCGGCCUUCCCGUCGCACCAUGCUGGCUUGAGGAGACGACGUCUCCUGCCAUACCCACGCGGCCUGUGCACGUGCUGACUGCGCACAUCCCACCCGUGUAACACGAAGCAUCUGCGUGUGGUGCACGUCCCAUAGCCGUGCGGGCUCUGCACCGUCAUCUUGGUCCCAUGCGGUCUGCGCAUGUGCAUCGCGCACAUUGCCCAAGGCUCCUUUCUGGGCCCUCCCAUUUCCUGAGCCCGGGAGAGAGCAGAGAGGUUUGAGUCCCCAGCUCUGCCGCCUGCCGCCGGGUUCCUGAGGCUGGGACUACCUGACACCUCUGCGUGCGCCUCUGCUGCGCCUGACACUGGGCGCUCAAUAAAUGCUGUGGGCGGACUUAAUGCACCCGUGCUCUGCACUUCGUCUCUCCUGUGGGGGACAGUGGGUCCAGGAGACAUACACGGGGCCACCCCGAGUUGGGGUGAAAGAGGAGAGGAGCGGAUGUGGAACUUUUUCCUGCCCGUGAGGCUGGGUCCACGAGGAGGCCCUGAGGCUGCUGGCCGGACCCUGCACACCCCUCAGAUGAGCGGAGCUCGCUCCCUCCCCAAAGGGCUCAGGAUAACCCCGGGACUCCCUAGAAGUAGGCGUGUCACAGGACUUUCCUCCCCCUCCUAUAAAGCAACGGCAUUUCUUUUCCUCUUU